AUGGGCGCGUUUGCUCGAAUAGCGUGUGAUGGGCGCAUUGAGGAGGUACCUGGGGGAACCACGCUGCAGCAGCUGUGGCGCCGGCACCCCACCCUCUGCGACGGACGCCGCUACUUCCUCGUCACGCAACCUCACACCAGCAGUCAUGCACGCACUGCCGCAACGCAUGGCGAUGGUGGUGCCAGCGCUGCUGCUCCCGAUGCUGCCGAUGAUGCUGAUGUGCUGUUUCGCCCACAGGACGUGUUACAGGCGGGCGCCUGUUACCGUGCUGAGCCGGUCAGAGGAUGGGUUGCAGGCGGGCGCUUGCUUUGUUACCGUGCUGCUCCCGAUGCCACUGCUCACGAUGCUGCUCCUCACGAUGCCACUGCUCACGAUGCCACUGCUCACGAUGCCACUGCUCACGAUGCCACUGCUCACGAUGCCACUGCUCACGAUGCCACUGCUCACGAUGCCACUGCUCACGAUGCCACUGCUCACGAUGCCACUGCUCACGAUGCCACUGCUCACGAUGCCACUGCUCACGAUGCCACUGCUCACGAUGCCACUGCUCACGAUGCCACUGCUCACGAUGCCACUGCUCACGAUGCCACUGCUCACGAUGCCACUGCUCACGAUGCCACUGCUCACGAUGCCACUGCUCACGAUGCCACUGCUCACGAUGCCGCUGCUCACGAUGCCGCUGCGCACGAUGCCACUGCUCACGAUGCCACUGCUCACGAUGCCACUGCUCACGAUGCCACUGCUCACGAUGCCACUGCUCACGAUGCCACUGCUCACGAUGCCACUGCUCACGAUGCCACUGCUCACGAUGCCACUGCUCACGAUGCCACUGCUCACGAUGCCACUGCUCACGAUGCCACUGCUCACGAUGCCACUGCUCACGAUGCCACUGCUCACGAUGCCACUGCUCACGAUGCCACUGCUCACGAUGCCACUGCUCACGAUGCCACUGCUCACGAUGCCACUGCUCACGAUGCCACUGCUCACGAUGCCACUGCUCACGAUGCCACUGCUCACGAUGCCACUGCUCACGAUGCCACUGCUCACGAUGCCACUGCUCACGAUGCCACUGCUCACGAUGCCACUGCUCACGAUGCCACUGCUCACGAUGCCACUGCUCACGAUGCCACUGCUCACGAUGCCACUGCUCACGAUGCCACUGCUCACGAUGCCACUGCUCACGAUGCCACUGCUCACGAUGCCACUGCUCACGAUGCCACUGCUCACGAUGCCACUGCUCACGAUGCCACUGCUCACGAUGCCACUGCUCACGAUGCCACUGCUCACGAUGCCACUGCUCACGAUGCCACUGCUCACGAUGCCACUGCUCACGAUGCCACUGCUCACGAUGCCACUGCUCACGAUGCCACUGCUCACGAUGCCACUGCUCACGAUGCCACUGCUCACGAUGCCACUGCUCACGAUGCCACUGCUCACGAUGCCACUGCUCACGAUGCCACUGCUCACGAUGCCACUGCUCACGAUGCCACUGCUCACGAUGCCACUGCUCACGAUGCCACUGCUCACGAUGCCACUGCUCACGAUGCCACUGCUCACGAUGCCACUGCUCACGAUGCCACUGCUCACGAUGCCACUGCUCACGAUGCCACUGCUCACGAUGCCACUGCUCACGAUGCCACUGCUCACGAUGCCACUGCUCACGAUGCCACUGCUCACGAUGCCACUGCUCACGAUGCCACUGCUCACGAUGCCACUGCUCACGAUGCCACUGCUCACGAUGCCACUGCUCACGAUGCCACUGCUCACGAUGCCACUGCUCACGAUGCCACUGCUCACGAUGCCACUGCUCACGAUGCCACUGCUCACGAUGCCACUGCUCACGAUGCCACUGCUCACGAUGCCACUGCUCACGAUGCCACUGCUCACGAUGCCACUGCUCACGAUGCCACUGCUCACGAUGCCACUGCUCACGAUGCCACUGCUCACGAUGCCACUGCUCACGAUGCCACUGCUCACGAUGCCACUGCUCACGAUGCCACUGCUCACGAUGCCACUGCUCACGAUGCCACUGCUCACGAUGCCACUGCUCACGAUGCCACUGCUCACGAUGCCACUGCUCACGAUGCCACUGCUCACGAUGCCACUGCUCACGAUGCCACUGCUCACGAUGCCACUGCUCACGAUGCCACUGCUCACGAUGCCACUGCUCACGAUGCCACUGCUCACGAUGCCACUGCUCACGAUGCCACUGCUCACGAUGCCACUGCUCACGAUGCCACUGCUCCCGAUGCUGCUGCUCACGAUGCUGCUGCUCACGAUGCCACUGCUCACGAUGCCACUGCUCACGAUGCCACUGCUCACGAUGCCACUGCUCACGAUGCCACUGCUCACGAUGCCACUGCUCACGAUGCCACUGCUCACGAUGCCACUGCUCACGAUGCCACUGCUCACGAUGCCACUGCUCACGAUGCCACUGCUCACGAUGCCACUGCUCACGAUGCCACUGCUCACGAUGCCACUGCUCACGAUGCCACUGCUCACGAUGCCACUGCUCACGAUGCCACUGCUCACGAUGCCACUGCUCACGAUGCCACUGCUCACGAUGCCACUGCUCACGAUGCCACUGCUCAUGAUGCCACUGCUCACGAUGCCACUGCUCACGAUGCCACUGCUCACGAUGCCACUGCUCACGAUGCCACUGCUCACGAUGCCACUGCUCACGAUGCCACUGCUCACGAUGCCACUGCUCACGAUGCCACUGCUCACGAUGCCACUGCUCACGAUGCCACUGCUCACGAUGCCACUGCUCACGAUGCCACUGCUCACGAUGCCACUGCUCACGAUGCCACUGCUCACGAUGCCACUGCUCACGAUGCCACUGCUCACGAUGCCACUGCUCACGAUGCCACUGCUCACGAUGCCACUGCUCACGAUGCCACUGCUCACGAUGCCACUGCUCACGAUGCCACUGCUCACGAUGCCACUGCUCACGAUGCCACUGCUCACGAUGCCACUGCUCACGAUGCCGAUGUGCUCUUCCACCCUCGGGACGUCUUGCAGGCCGACGCUUGUUACCACCACAGAGCUCCCAGACGCCACCACAGAGCUCCCAGACGCCACCACAGAGCUCCCAGAUGCCACCACAGAGCUCCCAGACGCCACCACAGAGCUCCAAGACGCCUCCUUCUCUCCCCUCUCUCCCUCCCUCGCCCCUUCUGCUCUGCAGGGCCGCUAGCUUCCAUGCUGGCAGGCGUGCAUCAAGGCACAGCGGCUAUGUCUCAAGACCCCACGGUACUACCACCCCUCACAGCAGUCACCAUGGAGCUCCCAGACGCCACCACAGAGCUCCCAGACGCCACCACAGAGCUCCCAGAUGCCACCACAGAGCUCCCAGACGCCACCACAGAGCUCCAAGACGCCUCCUUCUCUCCCCUCUCUCCCUCCCUCGCCCCUUCUGCUCUGCAGGGCCGCUAG